AUGACCUCCGAGCAACCCUCGCCUUUUCCUCCUGGCCUUCCUAUCACAACUCAGCGUCUCUGCAUUCAGCCUUUUGAUCCAGAGAACCUCACCCACUGUAAAUUUCUAGCGCAGCUAUGGAAUACUGAUGACUUCAUCAACUCAUGUGGCAAGACGAGCAUCGACUCCCCCGAAAAAGCUGCGGCAUUCAUUCGACGGCGUAUACUUGCCGACUAUGCGCAGAAUCGACAUGGCCAGUUCCUGGUGUCGCGCCUCGAAGAGAAUGACCCCGCAAAGCUUAUCGGUUGUGUGUCACUCAUGAAAGGGUCCCCGCCUGGCCCGCACUAUCUUGCGCCCGACAUUGGAUUCACAAUCUUGCCGGAAGAGAGUGGGAAGGGGUUUGCGUCCGAGGCCGCCAGGGAACUGAUUGAUUGGGCUCGACGGGAGCUCGACAUCCAUGCUGUCUUUGGGUUCUGCGCACCAGAUAACGCGCGCAGCCGGAGAGUCUUGGAGAAGUCGGGGUUGGAAUAUCGUGGAUCAGCGGCGUUGCGUGUUUUUGGUGACCAAGUCUCUGCCAUUUACGCUCUGCCGGACAUGGACAGUGAUCUGGGAGUCUACAAUAUGACCGAAGAGGUGCAUGGUGCAGCAAGUGAAGGCUCAUAG